AUGGUCAACUGCAAAGCGAGCAUGCGGUCGCCUCGAAAGUCGGCGACGCAAGAGAUCUGUUGCUACUGCAGAGAGCAUGUCUGUGACGAGUGCUUCCAGAUCGCACUGCAGCGCACGUUUAUGCGGCCAGGUGAGCUCGAGACCAAGCUCCGCCAUCAACAUGCGUGCUCGUCGUGUGUUCGGUUGCAUCCUGAAGCAGACGUACUGAAAGCGGGACCACACUCGCGUCGACCGCAGCACCUUCCUCCUCCUCGUCGUCGUCUGUUUCGAUGGGAGUGCACCUCGAAGCUGUGCGUGCCGGCGGAAGACCACCACGUGGACCAGUACUCGGCAGCUGAUGUUGGCAGGGCGUCAAGCAGGACACGACAAACGCCAGGGCAAGUUGACGCUGCUUUGGAGAUUCGCCACCGUCGCCACACAUUGGCAAUCGGCUUGCAACCGCGAUCGAACGAUGCUACGAAACCACUGUCGAAGCCGACGAGGGCUCAACGGCAGCUCGAUGAUAGUGCUCUGCAGCUGCAAUCUGCUCGAACACAGGCUCACGUGAGUGCACUGCGUACUAUGAAAAGACUGCAACAACUCGAAGCGCAAUCGUCCGACUUGUGUGAUUUCACGCGAUCGACUGCGCAAAUGGUUAUGCGAAACAGUGUCGAGAAGGCAAUGGGCACGGACGGUAAGUCGAUGUCGUGUGACUUUAGGGGCACCGAGCCUGUCAUGACUAUGCCGAGUAGAUCAAAAGCGACAAAGCAUUCGACAGGCGAUUCAGGACGAGCCAAGUAUACGAAUGAUGCACCACUUGCGCCAGCGAGACGAGGUCGACGCGCUUCGGUGGACUGCUCCAGCAACACUGCUGUUCCUCCAUUCGCGUCCAAGCACAUCGGUGUUGUUGAUGCCGGGCUUGCAUUGGUCCAACCGCGGAACGAUUUUGCGGCGAAGACUGUCAAGAAACAGGUGCAUCUACCACAAACGUUGGAAGGCAUCGCGAGUGCAGAUAGAAACAAUUGUUACACGAGCAAAAAGUAUGAUGCUCCACCGAUUGAUUGCACUCGCUUCACCGGGAAUCGUCGAAUAGGCGAUCGUCGAUACACGAUGACCGAUGCGUCGAUCAAGAACUCGAAAGUCUCGCGGCAUGGGAAUCAAGACAAUGGGGUCGGCGAAAGUGGCAGUCGAGAACACGAUCGACUAAGGCACGGGAACAAGGUCAAGCUCACUGACUUUCAUUUGUCCAAGCUGACGGUGCAAGAACCGACGCACAGAAACGAAGGUCCGUCAGGUGCUGCCAAGUAUGGGUCGCGCAGCAGGAGAGAAGGAACGAGCAUGGCGAAACCUGUUGCAGCUGCACGAGCAGCAUACGGAUCAAAUCGCUCCAAGAGCGAACUGUGCGACUUGACAUAUCUGGAUGCGUUCAAGACUUACACCUUGUAA